UCGUGAUUGAAGCUACCUGCUUUUCUACAAGGCUCUAGCCGAAGUUUGUGUUGCUUCGUCAUCGUGAGAAGUCACAACAGCUCCUUUAUAAGCAGUGAGCGACGUCGAUUUUCUAACUUCAGGAUCAGGAUCCCACGUCGACGUUAGCGUACAGUACCAGCUCCAGCCAUGCCGACUCAGAAGGCCUACAAAACAGGUUCCAGCCCUCCCGAACCCCCGGCGCCGGGCGUACUCCGUCUCAUCAGCAUGCGGUUCUGUCCGUUCGCCCACCGGACCAGACUGGUUCUGGCUGCCAAGGGUAUCGAAUACGAGACCGUCAACGUCUGCACGAAGAGCAAGCCAGAGUGGUUCUUCAGCAUCAACCCCCUGGCCAAGGUGCCCACCCUGCAGCAUGACGGCAAAGUCGUGUACGAGUCCCUGGUGUGUAACGAGUACCUGGACCGGGUCUUCCCGGGCAGGAAGCUGCUACCGGAGGAGCCUCUCGAGAAGGCGCGGAUCGGGAUGCUGCAAGCCGUCUGGGACGCCAAGAUUAUCUCCAAUUAUAUGAAGACCAAACGAACGGAGGGAGAGGAACGACAAGAUGCCUUCAAGGCCUUCAAAGAGGGGCUGUCGUUCCUGGAGAAGGCGUUGGCCUCCGGUGGCAAGCCGUUCUUCGGCGGCGACGAGCCUGGUUUUCUUGACUACAGCGUCUGUCCGUUUUUCGAGCGCUUUGAGACGACACUCCACGGCGACCUGGCGCUAACGCAAGCCGAGUUCCCCAAGAUUCUCGGGUGGAAGGCCGCCAUGUUUGAUCGUCCCGAAGUGAAGGCGUGUGGUUUUGACACAGCUACGUACGCAGCCGUGCUUGCAAACUACGACCCUGAUUUCGGACUCAGCGCAUAAACAGAAACCGUGGGA